UACUCGGGAGGCGUAUUGACAUGAAGGUGAUUGUGGAAUUGGAUUGUUUCGUAGUUUUAUAUGAACAUGGACAAAGUUCGCUUAAUCGUUAUAAUUAACAGCGGACGUAAUGCAGAUUGCAGUUUGAAGUGUGUGUGAUCCUGGAAUUAUUUAAGUGGUGUUUUGUUUACAGAAAUCACAUCGACUGACUGUUAUUAGGCUGUGGAGUUAUACAUAUAUAACCUGUAUGCAGUGAUCAUGCAACGGUUGUUCCUGGCAAAGAUAUUUCCCGACCAUUCCGACCAUGAUGGUGUAACAGCAUCCAUACAUAUAAUGUCACGUGAUGUGGAAAUGAUUUAUUGAAACGUUUUGCACAAGAGCUGAAAAAUGUCUCAGGAACCGGCCAUCAAUGUGAACUUUAGCGCCAUGGACACGUUCAGAAACGAAGCUUUAGAGAUGGUCAGCGCUAACUACAUGUACUACCAUGGUUACGUUAGUUUGGUUGUGUGUCUGUUCGGAAUACCCUCCAAUUUGAUUAAUAUUACAGUGUUAACGAGACGCCAUAUGAGGACACCUAUCAACUUUAUUCUCACGUGGAUGGCUGUUUCGGACCUGCUGACGAUGAUGUCAUACGUUCCUUUCGCUGUACAUUACUACUGCUCUUUUUCGCCUUAUACAGUGUCCAAGGAGAAGAACAGCCUACCCUGGAUGCGUUUUCUGUUAUUCCACAUCAAUUUCACUGCCACGACACACACGGUCUCAAUAUGGCUAGGCGUGGCACUGGCUAUCUUUCGAUAUGUUCACAUUCAGUCGCCCGCUAAGGGAAGUCUUACACACAUGCGAAGAAAAAUCCGAGCGAGAAUAGUAGUUUUCGUUAUAUAUAUAUGUUCUGUUUUAUUAUUAGUUCCAAAUUUUGUCUCCAACAAGCUGGUGCCGUUAUCGGAAAACUCUUCCAUUUACAUACUGGAGGAUUUUCAUCUAGGAACCGCUGACGUCAAACCGGUGGUGAUGAUAAACUUGCUAUUAUAUAGCGUCAUGGCAAAAUUUCUGCCGUGUGUUCUUAUCACAGCUUAUGGAGGGAUUCUUUUACGAACGCUACGUAACACAAUGAUAGUAAAACGCCGGAUGUGGACAAACAAUAACCUACUUCCGCAGAAAUCCUACGACACCACAAAAACAACAUAUAUGUUAUUGGUCGUUAUCAUAUUGUUUGUAGUUACAGAACUUCCACAGGGAAUUCUAAUCCUUCUGAGCCUUUUCCUAAAAGGUUUCUUCGAGCAUGUUUAUAUUCCACUUGGUGACGCAAUGGAUAUAAUAGCACUAAUCAACAAUGCCAUCAACUUUCUAUUGUAUUGCACCAUGAGUAGUGACUUCAGAAAAACACUCGUCCAAAUGGUAUGUCAGUUACGGAAACGAAAACCGAAAACAAGAGAGCUCCCUAUACCAGCUCAAAACAGAGUUCGAAUAUAUCAAAGUUUAUUACAUAGGAUGGACAGGUGAUAAAGAUCCGCAUUGUCUCAUUAUUGAAGUAUAUUAACUGACCAACGAGAGAACUCAAUUAACACUACGAGCAUGCAUGCGUCACAUGUCAAAAUCGUAUUUACAUCGACAAUGAGAAUAGCCUUAACUAUUGAUUUUUGUGAACAAUUUACUAACAGCAGGAAGUAUCAUUCAGAGUCAAUAUAGGAGCCAGCUUUAUGGGGUUUUUGAGUACCCUAUAAAGACUUCCGGCACAAACAGGCAGUGAAAUUAAUUUCGUCUGGCAAUUCUUUUAAUUACGUUAGGAAGGUGAUUUGUUAGAUAUGCUAAUCAGAACGCUGUAAAUGUGGUGCCUACCAUUGUCCGUCAUAUUACGAGUCUAUUGACCAGUCAAUGAUGUAACCUGCUCAGUAGGGAUUCCGGCCGCGCACCGCCAUUUGCAUUCACAAAACGUUUGCACGUGCAUCUCCACCUAUGUUUUCUAUCUGUCAUUUACUGCAUUCUGUGGACGUUUUUACUUGUGAAAAUCAUUCCUUUUUAUCCCGCCCUUAAUCUUUGACUUGAAUUGGUCAAUGAUAUAUAGAAUACCUUUCUGUGUAAGCAUGUAUGUUAUUCAGUAUUUUUCAUAAUUUACAUCAUCUUUGUUGUUAAAAAUUAUAUUUAAUAAAUAUACCGUGGAUUUAUAUAGUAUGAAACAUUAUUUUCAUGUUUAUUAAGGGGAAAUUGUAAACUCGCAAGAGUGCAUCUGUCAUAAAUAAAUGACCUUUUAAACAACUCUAAUGUUCUCGUGAGUAUUUACCUGAUGUUUCUAUUUUUAGAACAAACUGAGUACCGUUUUUGAAGUCAUAGCAUUUGUGAAGUCACAAUUGGCCUAUGUAAAUUUCAAGAUAAUUAUAAUACACUUCCAUUCAUUUAAGGACCUUUGAUUCGGUUAAUAUGGUAUCAUAACAACUUGGUUGGAUAUUUAUCAUUGACCUCGGGAUUUUGUUUCUGUUAAUAUUUGAUUCUAUCGGGUUGGUAUAACACCAUAUUGACCUCACGCAAUGUCCAUUAUCAGUAAAUACCGUGUGUAACAUUUAAUCAGAGUAAACUUAAAAUGAAAACUUAACAACCUGUGUGAUACGUACGGCAUGCAUAUUCAUUUUUUAAUACCAACAUACGUAUCUCUCCGUUAAGCUACAAUUGUUCAUUUUUUGUUUUUUAUAUCUCAGCGCCAAAUCCAACUUGAUGGCAACUUGAUAAUUCUUAAAAUCUAGUUGAAUAUACAUAAAAAACUGUAUGAUAUGACUAAAUAUCGAUAAAAGCUUUGCAUCUUCAGCCUUAAUGACUUCUUAUAGUCGAAUAUAACUUCUAUCUAUACACACAAUAUAUUAACACAUUUCUAUAUAAAAGGGUUGUAAAAAAGACACACCAGAUAUUAACACCUUUCGUUACCAUUUGGGAUUUAGAUACAGCAGAGCCAAAUAUGUAUCUAACUGCCUCGAACAACUGUUUCGUCUUUCGGGAACUCGUCAGAUAAAGAUUUAGGAGAACAUGCCUUCUGUCUCCCAUUGAGUGUUUUAAUGGUGACUAACGUCAGAACCCUACUUGAGGUUUGUCUUUCAGUCUAUUAUUUGAGGAUAUGUUAAA